CCCGCCCCCGCGGCGACCCGGCCCGCGGGUGCGCCGCCCGGCGGCGCGCGCGCGGGAGGGCGCGCAGGCCGCCGUGAGCCAUGGCGGCGUACGCCUGGUCCCAGCUCGCCUGCGACGCCGCGGCCCUGGCGGUGCAGCUGCUGCCCGUCUUCGCCGCCGCGCGCGGGCGGGGCGCCCUCCGGGGGGCGGCCUCGACCGCCGCGACGGUGCAGGUCGGGCUCCAGACGCUGUUCGGCGCCAUCGUGUUCACCGCGUUCUUCAUGAAGUCGGGCAGCUCCUUCAUGGAGUGCGCGUCCACCGACUGCGGCCCCCUCUGGCGCGAGCUGGACCUGGAGUCCAGGCACCUGCGGCUCGUGCUCUUUGUCCUGGCGAACUAUGCGGUCGCGGCCACCGCGGCAUUCCUGGCGACCGCGGCGCCCGGCGGCGGCAAGAAGCACCACCUCGUCAGGACCGCCGCGGGUGUGAACGCGCGCCGGGUGAUGCCCGCGAGCGGCUUCGAGACCCCAGCGAGGCCCUGGCUGAUGUUGGUCCUGGUUUCCCAGGCGAUGGAGCCGGCCUUCAACAGCAUGUUCGUCUUCCUGGCCGUCUCGGAGCUGUACUGGGAAGGCUGCCCCACCUUCCUGAUGCCCCUGGGCGCCCUGCUGCAGCUGGCCGUGCAGAAGCUCUACCGGCGGGCUGGCUUCGGGGCCCCGCCGCAGGCCGAGGAGGCAGCCCGCGGCGAGGAGGACGAGGACGCGGAGGACGAGGACGAACGAGACAAGUACAAGCAGAAGAGGGGCGGCGGCGCCAAGAAGCGCAAGUAGGCCGAGGACGAGGAGGGCGAGGGCGAGGGCGAGGUCGAGGAGCAGAGCCAGAAGGGCUGAGGCGCUGUGCCGUGCCAGGCCGGGCCUGGGCGUCGGCGCCGACGCCGCGCGCGCGGCCGCCCCUCUCCGCCGCCGCGGUGUGCCCUGGGCCCCCGACGUCGGGACUCCGACGCGACGCGCGACACCCUCAGCCCUCGGUGCCCGCAUCGCUCCAAAACUGGUCUGACGGGCCCCCGCUCGGAGCAGCAGGGGCUCGCCUCACGGCAGGUUGGCCGUCGGUGCGCUGGUUCGGGUGCGGCUGGCAUCUUCCCGUGGUCUGGGCAAGGAGGAUGCAUGCCCCCUCGCCUCCCGGCGCUCGCGGCCCCGCAAGAAGAUGCAGAAGAGCGAGAAGAAACAGAAGAAGAAGCCUAGGAG